UUCGGCCAUUCAGACGCGUAGUCCCCCGUUGCGUGUCCGUCGUAGGUGUGAUCCACAGUGCUCUCUCCUUCUUCCUGUUUCAAAUUGGACCGCUUGAAACUGUAGAUAGCCUUUUACGACUUCCCUGGGGCCCAACCCAAGCCAGCGCCGCCGUCGUUUGAACUGAACGGUGCUAAUCUGCAUCACUGGUGAUUAAAUCUACAUAGAGGAAAACGUGGCAUUUGAGCAGUGAUAAAGUGUAUUCAAGAACUCUUCAGUGUUGUGGGUGGAAGAAAUAGUCUGGGUGUGCUUGGGAAGUGAUUGUUGGCAGACGACUGAAGCGCUGUUCUUAUAAUUGAUGUUGUCUCAUGUGAUUUUGUGGUUGUUGUAUGUAUUAUAUACAGUGGUAACAUCUAGUGGUAUGCGUUAAAAUAUUAUGUAGUAUAAUCUAGCAGAAAAAACAGGACAAAAGAUAUUGGAUAUUGGUUUUUCGUUGCUGAUGCUUCCUGGUGGAGUAAUGUUAAUCGACGCUUUCUAAAGUAUACAACUAUUCAAUAUUGAUACUUCCAUCAGCUUAUACACAUUUUACCAGUGAAGUGUUAUUGUUAAUCUCAGUGUUCCUUAGAAGAAAAAAAAGUUAACGGUUAAGUGAAGUCUGUAAUUUAUAACUAUUCGACUUCUAGCAUAAAAAAUGGCCCAAUUCGUUACACACAUUCAGCCGACCCUGCUGGAGGCGGCCCAGGGCCACAUGCCCCAUCACCAUGGGCAUCAGGUUGGAGUGCAGCAUACAUCCCAUUUGCCCCACAGUGGGCAUAAUAUGCCUUCGCCUCCAACCACCCACCAUGGUCAUAUCCAUGGACACAUCCAUGGUCACCAUCCAACGGCAUCCCAAGCGAUGCUGGCCCGCAGUUCGAGUCGGGAGAUCUCCAACGGGAAAUCAUCCAAAUCCCACCACGUAAUGUCACCGAAAAUGGCAGAGCAACAGCACCGUCACCACCAUGCCGCGAAUCAGGAGAUGCAGAUGCAAUACCAGCAGCAGCACCAACAUCAGCAGAUGGUGCAGCAUCAUCUUCAGCAUCAUCAUCAGCAUAAGACUGGUUCGCCCGCUGUGGCAACGCACCAUGCCACAGGCCAUCACACUCACGGGCAGCAUCAUUCCAGUUCGUCCGAUGGGAACACUUCGUUUCUGCGCGCAGCUAGAGCAGGCAAUCUAGAAAAAGUUUUAGAGCAUCUUAAAAAUAAUAUUGACAUCAAUACUAGCAAUGCGAAUGGCUUGAAUGCAUUACAUCUCGCGUCGAAAGAUGGUCACGUGACCGUGGUGUCGGAGUUGCUGGCCCGUGGUGCAAUUGUAGAUGCGGCCACCAAGAAGGGCAACACGGCGCUGCAUAUUGCUUCGCUAGCCGGCCAGGAAGAGGUAGUUAAGCUACUGAUCCAAAACAAUGCCUCUGUGAACGUACAAUCGCAGAAUGGCUUCACGCCGCUCUAUAUGGCCGCCCAGGAAAACCAUGAUUCGGUCGUGCGGUUGUUGCUCUCCAACGGGGCCAACCAAAGCCUGGCGACCGAGGAUGGAUUUACACCGCUGGCCGUUGCCAUGCAACAGGGGCACGACAAGGUGGUAGCGGUCCUGCUGGAAAGUGAUACCCGCGGAAAGGUCCGCCUACCCGCGCUUCAUAUCGCGGCCAAGAAGGACGACGUGAAGGCUGCAACGCUGCUGCUCGAGAAUGACCAUAACCCUGACGUUACAUCGAAGUCCGGCUUCACCCCAUUGCAUAUCGCAUCCCACUACGGAAACGAGGCUAUGGCCAACCUAUUAAUCCAGAAGGGUGCAGAUGUCAACUACGCUGCAAAGCACAACAUCAGUCCACUACACGUAGCCGCGAAAUGGGGCAAAACUAACAUGGUAGCACUUUUGCUGGAGAAAGGAGCCAGCAUUGAGAGUAAAACCCGUGAUGGAUUAACCCCACUGCACUGCGCUGCACGUUCCGGCCACGAGCAGGUCGUCGAUAUGCUACUAGAACGGGGAGCGCCGAUUAGCGCUAAAACGAAGAACGGACUGGCACCGUUGCAUAUGGCUGCCCAGGGUGAACACGUGGAUGCCGCCCGCAUUCUGCUGUACCAUCGGGCACCGGUCGAUGAGGUUACCGUCGAUUAUCUGACCGCACUGCAUGUCGCCGCACAUUGCGGACACGUCCGUGUGGCAAAGCUACUACUGGAUCGAAACGCGGACGCGAACGCACGGGCACUAAACGGGUUUACACCGCUGCAUAUUGCGUGCAAGAAGAACCGUAUUAAGGUCGUCGAACUGUUGCUGAAACACGGCGCUAGCAUCAGCGCAACCACGGAGAGUGGCUUGACACCAUUGCACGUUGCAUCAUUUAUGGGAUGUAUGAAUAUUGUCAUUUACUUGCUACAGCACGAUGCCAGUCCGGACGUGCCGACGGUUCGUGGUGAAACACCACUACAUCUGGCCGCUAGGGCAAAUCAGACCGACAUCAUUCGGAUCUUGCUGCGCAACGGAGCUCAGGUGGAUGCCCGAGCCCGAGAGCAACAAACGCCACUGCACAUCGCAUCCCGGCUGGGUAAUGUCGACAUCGUAAUGCUGUUGCUCCAGCACGGUGCCCAGGUCGACGCGGUCACCAAGGACAUGUACACGGCGCUGCACAUCGCCGCCAAGGAGGGCCAGGACGAGGUCGUUGGUGUUCUGUUGGAGAACGGUGCCCAGAUUGAUGCGGCAACUAAGAAGGGUUUCACGCCGCUGCAUCUAGCUGCCAAGUACGGCCACAUCAAGGUUGCUGAAACGCUGCUAACCAAAAACGCACCCGUUGAUGCCCAAGGCAAGAAUGGGGUCACUCCGCUGCACGUCGCCAGCCAUUACGAUAAUCAAAACGUCGCGUUGCUACUGCUGGAGAAGGGAGCCAGCCCACAUGCAACCGCCAAGAAUGGCCACACGCCGCUACACAUUGCAGCUCGUAAGAAUCAGAUGAAUAUAGCUAAUACUUUGCUGCAGUAUGGCGCCCAAGCUAACGCCGAAAGUAAGGCCGGAUUUACACCGUUGCACCUAAGCUCGCAGGAAGGUCAUCAUGAGAUGGCAGCACUGCUACUGGAGCAUAAGGCCAAUCCAGAUCACCAGGCCCGCAACGGCCUUACACCGAUUCAUCUUUGUGCACAAGAAGAUCGUGUCAAUGUGGCACAAGUUCUAGUUAAACACGGAGCCGAUACACAGGCUCCCACCAAAGCCGGUUACACUCCGUUGCACGUUGCGUCGCAUUUUGGACAAGCCAAUAUGGUGCGCUAUUUGCUGCAGCAAGGUACGGAUGUCAACGCGUCCACCGGCAUUGGUUACACACCGCUGCAUCAAGCUGCCCAGCAAGGACACUGUCAUAUUGUUAAUAUAUUGCUAGAAAAUAAUGCAAACCCCAAUGCGAUCACCAAUAAUGGUCAAACAUCUUUGAAAAUUGCCCAAAAGUUGGGCUACAUUAGUGUUCUCGAUUCACUGAAGUCCGUUACCGAUACCAAAACAACACCGGAUCAGCCACCAUCCGAGGAAAAAUACCGUGUCGUGGCGCCUGAGGCCAUGCAUGAAACAUUUAUGUCCGAUUCGGAGGAGGAAGGAGGCGAAGAUACCGUUCUCUCUGAUCAACCGUACCGCUACCUAACCGUAGACGAGAUGAAGUCCCUCGGCGAUGAUUCUUUGCCGAUCGAUGUUACUCGCGAUGAGCGUCACGAUUCGAAUAAGAUGGUUCAAAGCUCAGAAUCUCAUCAGUUUCCACCAACUGCUCUGGAGGACUCCAUUAGUCCACAACAUGCUUCAAUGGUUCAAUCGGGCAUCUCGGUCACAGACUUCACUGACAAUAUUAACAUCGAGCGCCACUCGCAUGUUGGAAAGCUACACUGGAAGAACUUCCUCGUAUCGUUCCUGGUGGACGCCCGUGGCGGAGCAAUGCGUGGAUGUCGUCAUAGCGGAGUGCGCAUUAUUGUGCCGCCCCGUUCCGCGGCUCAGCCAACCCGAAUCACGUGUCGGUAUGUGAAGCCCCAGCGAACGAUGCAUCCACCCCCACUGAUGGAGGGAGAAGCGCUGGCCAGCCGCGUUCUCGAGCUGGGUCCGGUCGGAGCCAAAUUUCUGGGUCCGGUCAUCAUGGAGGUGCCCCACUUUGCCUCCCUACGGGGCAAGGAGCGGGAGAUUGUUAUUCUUCGCUCGGACAACGGAGAGACAUGGCGCGAACACAACAUCGACAUGUCCGACGAAAUUAUCCAUGACGUGUUGAACGAUUGCUUCGAGCCGGAAGAUUUGGCCCAGCUGGACGAACUAGGUAGCGGUCGGAUCUGCCGCUACGUCACGUACGACUUCCCACAGUACUUUGCGGUGAUUUCGCGCAUCCGCCAGGAGGUUCACGCAAUCGGACCCGAGGGAGGCAUGGUUUCCAGCACGGUGGUGCCCCAGGUGCAGGCAGUUUUCCCGCAGGGAGCCCUCACGAAGAAGAUCAAAGUUGGUCUGCAGGUAAAUUUGUUCAAACCACGCAAAGGUGUUGCGCCAGACAAGUUGCGCAAAAUCAGUGUCAACCAUGUACCCAAAAAGAAGCGCUUCUCGCUCAUAUGGUAGAGACAAUAACAAACAAAGUUGCUUGCGGAGGUAUAUUCCGUUUGCCGGAAACGGAUUGAGAAAGCAACGUAUUGUAACGGUGGUAGAACUAAGGAAUGCUUCCAGGGAUUGCAAAGUGUUCAUUCUAUGUCGAGUUUAGUUUCGAGCCCAUUCGAAUUGCAUGUUCGUAGAAAUGUUUUAACAUCAUAAAGAUUCAAUUUUUGCUUUUUAUUUUGCUCACAACAAGAAGCAUGCUUCUUGAAAAACAAAACGAAUCUAUUUAGCGUUGUUUCUGAAAUGUAUAUCAUAUAUUCUAGGAGAAUAGUAUUUCCGCGUACUUUCUUCAAGUUCAAGCAAAAUAUACGGAGGAACAGGACGAAAACUCAUUUAGCUGGGUACUUCCAUGUCCAGCUUCUCAAAACAUUAUAAUACAAUACACAGUAAUCAAAGAGAAAUGUUUGUGAGAAUUUAGCAAAAAAAUAACAAACAAACACGGAAACACAUGAAUACAGACCUAUCGAAACUUGCUCUAUCAUCUAUCCUGAAUCUAGAAUAGAAUCAAAACAAGACGGUUGAAACAUUGGCAGAUUUUGCUAGAUUUGUAGCCAAAUUUAACGAUAAAUACCCACUGUUUCUUCGUCGAUUAAUCAUCACCAAGCAAUCUGAUACACUAUAUGAUAAGAGCAACAACAUUCAUCCUGCACAUCUACGUUUACUACCAAUACUUGUCACAUCAUUGCCAUAAGUUUCAAUACUCUCAAACAAACACCCACACUCACACACAAUUAAAUACCGUCGCAUGUUAAUAUUUAUUAAUUGCUUGCCGAGAAGAAAAAAGUAUUAUAACCUAUGCCAAAGAUUAACCGUGAAACUAGUCGUUUGAUCUCACGUCGCGAUGCUACACAUUGAAAGGAAAGGAUUCAUGGAUUUUUUUUUGUUUUUUUUUACAAAAAAUGUCAAGCGAAAGACGUUAACACUAACGCUACCAAAUAAUCAAAAUUAUAGGGAAAGUAACUAUUCGAUUUUGACAGUUCAGUAUGCAGGCAAGUCAGUAUGAAACACUAAUAACAUAUAAUAACGAAUGAUUGCUAGCCGACUCUAGACGGAGAGAGCGCCCAAUAAAUUUAGUUCUUUUGAAGAAACCUAACU